GGCGUUUGCACAGUGCGCACGUACUCGGCGUCAUGCUCGUUCAAUUUUGCCGAAAUUUCUGUUGAUUUUGUGAAACCUUGAGUAAAAAGUGAAUCAUUAAUUGAAGAGUAACCCCAUUUGAUCGCCAGACAUUCGAUUUGUGGUUUCACAAAAGCAUCAACCUGAAAAUUCAGUCGAAAUGUCGAUGCUCGCGGAACCUCGUCGAAAACAAAAAUGGACGCUGAAUCCGCGCGGAAAACAAUGGAGCGAAGAUUCGACCAAAUUUGGGCAAAAAAUGCUGGAGAAAAUGGGUUGGACGAGUGGCAAAGGUCUUGGAGCGAACGAACAAGGCAUGACGGAACACGUGCGUGUGUCUCUUAAAAACGACGCUGCAGGCAUUGGGUUCAAGAAAGAAAAUUUGGAUAAAGCAUGGACGGAACAUCAAGAUAGCUUCAAUGAUUUUUUGCAAGAACUUCAGAAAGGUCAAAGUUACGAUGUAACGCAAACUGAGAAAGCUAAAAGCGAAUUGAGCAAGAAGUCUUUAGAGUUGAAAUCUAAGCACAGCCGAGCUCGUGUUCACUAUCAGAAAUUCAUAAGAGGGAAAGAUAUAAAUAAAUAUAGUUCAAAAGAUAUAGCAAAUAUAUUUGGUAGAAAAGAAUUAAACAUAGAUGGGGAUAGUAAAGAGAAUCGAAGCAAUAAUGAGGAAAAUUCUGAUCGGGAUCCACUUGGUGCUCGAGAUAAAACAGGUGGUGUUGUUACUAUAAAUGGUGGCAACAUGACCGAUUAUUUUACUAAAAAACAUCAGAAAUUUUCUCGAAUGCCUAAAAACAAAAAACAGGAAGAAACCAAUUCAGAAAGUGAACCUGAAUAUAGUGGGUUCGGUUUCGCGUCAGCAGUUGACAAAGAAGAGUCGUAUAGUAGUGAAAAAAAUAAAGAAACAUUAAAUGUUUGCAAUUAUGCGUUUGAAAAUCCUUGUUUGACUUUGAACAGUCCUGAAAAUAUUUCAAAUUCUAGUAGUGAAUUUAAAUUGUCUAAACAGAAGAAGAUUUUUGGUAACAAUGACUCUAAAACAUUGAAAGAAUUUAACAUAAGUAAACAUGCGUAUGAGAAUGGUUUCGUGAAUUGUGCGCUAAAUUUAGAAUAUCCAACUAAAGAAAUGUGCGAUGGAAAGGAAUUUGAAGUAUCUAGAACACAAUUGGGUGUUACAAAUUCUGCUUUAGACUUGAACGAUGAGGUAAAUGAUAAAAGGAGAGUGACAUUUAAUGAUCAUGUAGAAUAUAGUACUGAUUCUGUAAAGAAGAAGAAAGGAAGAACUACGCUCGAUAAGUUCGAGGUUGAAAAUACGAAAAUAAAAAAGAAAAAGAAACAGGAAGAUAAUCUUAAUAUUUUCUCAUCCGGUUUUGUUAAUGAGGCGUUAGAUGUUGAAGAAAUCUCGGAAGAAUUGAACGACAAUAAAAUCAAUGAACAUAAAAGUAAAAGUUCUAAAAAACGGAAACGAAAUCGUCAAUCUAACCUAGAAACAAUUGUAGAAAUCCCGGAAGAAAAUAGAGAAGUUUCCGAAAAUGCAAUAAAGAUUAAGAAAUUGAAAACAGAAGAAGAUAUAGUUGAUAUUUUUAUACCACAAGAAAAUCUCUCGAGCAAAAAAAUGAAAAAGAAGAAAAAAAUCAAGAAAACGGAUAAAGAAAUUGUUACUGUCAUUGAAAAUGAUACAGAAGUAACAAUUGCAUUUGAGAAAGAAGAUUGUGAACUUCACACACCUGAAGAUCAAGAUGCUUAUAAGGAAAAGAAAAAACGAAAGAAAAAAAAUAUCGAAUUAAAUGUAGAGAAGGACGAAGAUAUAAUCGCUGAAACGGAAAUAGUAGAUAAUGAAAUACAAUCGAAAAAGAAGGAAAUUAAAAAUGAUGUAGAUAUAAGUGAUUCUAACACAGAUCUAGUAAAUAUGAAACACGAAAAGGAAAUUUCUAAUAAAGAAAAUGCUAAUGUUGAUUACGAAAAUACUUCUAAAGUGAAAAAACCGAAGAAAAAUAAACGUAACAAAUCGAUGGAAGAGUCUACUAAAGACAGUGAUGAUUCAACUCAUCACAUAGAACCUACAAAAGAAGAACCUGUAAAAGAAAUAAAUGCAACAUCUACAAAAACACCUUCCAUAUCUAGAACAAAUGAAAUGUUCAAUACUUACCCAAACUCGCGAAAUGAAAACGUAAAAAUGUCUAGAAGAUUGUUGAUGUCCUUUUUCCAUAAAGAAGUGGUUAUAGAUUUUCCAGGCUCUAAUAUACACGAAAUAAAGGGAUAUGGCGACAGUUAAAGGAGCAAGUAGACCUUUUACAAAUAACUUAAUGUAUUUUGAAGGUUAUGUAUAUAGUAUUAGUUAUAUUUCAUCUAGAAUGAUAUAUAACAAGACCUGGAUAUUACUGGAUAGUAAUAGCA